GAUUAAAUGCUAGCGGAAUAAAUGUUAACAGUUUAAAGGAUGCGAAUGAGUUAAAAGAUGCUAAUGCCCCCGACCAAGAACAACAAGGCGAAAGAACCUUUAAAUCUACCUUGUUUGACAGUUUGAAUAAAAGUAUUGAACCCGCAAUGAUGGCGGGAAAUACUAUUGAUUUUCAUUAUAGUUUAGCGGA